CUGAAGGGGGCAAACGGGCCCCUGAGCAGCUGCUGAAAAGGCAGGCGGGCGGGAGCAGCAUCCCCUGCGGGGUGGGGUUUGGAUGCCGCCAUCCCGGGGCAGUGCCCCCCUCCGCCGCCGGGUGCAGCACGGGCCAGGGGCCCCACCGGCCUAAGGGGGGCAAACUAGGGGCCACAGUGGGGCUCGGCACCCGGACGCGCCGGCCCGGGCCAGCCCCAGGGUCGCAGACACAGCGCGGGGCAAGGGCCGCCUUCCCGCCCGCCCGCCGAAGCCAAGGGCCUCUGGACCCGGAGCGGCACAGGGAAACUGAGGCACCGUCACUACGCCGCCUGACUCGCCUUGGGUCACCCAGCGCGAAGGAGGCGGGGCCAGGCUUGCGCAAGCGCAAUGCAAUGGGAAGGGGCGUCCCGGUCCGGCGGCGGUACUGGCGGAGGACCCGGCUUCCUCUCUAUAGUUCGCGCGGCUCAGAGCGGCCAGUCACGUGAGGGCCUGCGGAGGAGCGAAGGGGUGUUGCGUGAUUGCGGGCUGGCUGCGCACUGAUGGACAGUGAGGUGCAGAGGGAUGGAAGAAUCCUGGAUCUGAUUGACGAUGCCUGGAGGGAAGACAAGUUACCAUAUGAGGAUGUGGCAAUACCCCUGAAUGAGCUUCCUGAACCAGAGCAAGACAAUGGUGGCACAACGGAGUCAGUAAAAGAGCAAGAGAUGAAAUGGACGGAUUUGGCUCUGCAGUAUUUGCAUGAAAAUGUUCCUCCAACAGGAAACUAGUGAAUCAGUGCUAUUUCCAGGACUGAUUUCAGUUCAAGAAGAUGAUUUUCAGCAGCGCUUCACUGUGCCCAGUCAAAUAAGGAAAUAAGACCUUUAAAAUGGUCUCAGUUUAAGCAACUUGUUGAAUUCCACAAGAAACAAAAUACAGUUGGAAAAGCCCAUAAAUAUGAUGCAAUUAUGACAUGAGCUAAAACUGCCAGACAGGUAUCAGAAUGUUUUGUUUUAAUUUUUUUAAAUGUGAAAAUAGUUGGUGUCUGAUAUUGAGAAUUUUUUAUAAGUUCAUUGCAAAGUUACCUUAAUCUUAAUUGUUUUUGCAUACUUUUGAAGUAGUAGGUAUUGCUUCCUGAUGUUGAUUAUUUUUAUCAAAAUUAAUUUGGUGAAUAUUCAUGGUUGCUAUGGUGUUUUAUAGCCCCAUGGGUAUCCAUUUCGCAUUUCAGUGCUACUCUUUAGAGAUCAUAAUACAAAAACAAAACAAUUUUGAACCAAUUUGUACUGCCUUUAACUGGCCUGUGGCACAGAAAGGUCAUUUGGGUCUGGGUAGAAAGAUUAAUCAGUGGGAUUAAGCCAGGGGUCAGCAGUCUUUAGGAAUGGCAG